UCUCGGUUUUGCCUGAAGGGCGCAGGCUUUCAACCAGAAACAGGCUCAGACCCAAACACAGAACCGCCGCUGGUUCUGCUGCAGCUGGAAGACAAAAUGUGGCUUCGAGAGGAGCUUCUGAAAGCCAUCUGGCACGCAUUCACGGCCCUGGACGUGGACCACCGUGGGAAAGUCUCCAAAUCUCAGUUAAAGGUGCUCUCCUACAACCUGUGCACAGUAAUGAAGAUCCCCCAUAACCCUUUGACCUUUGAAGAGCAUUUUAAAGAAGAUAAUAAGGGACCUCUGUCUAAUGAGGGCUACAUGCCUUACCUCAACAGGUACAUUCUUGAUAAGGUGCAGGAGGAUUUCGAUGUGCUGGAGUUCUACCGGAUGUGCUGGACUUUGUGUUACAAAAAGAAUAUUCACCCUCAUCGUCUAAUCAUCUCAGAUGCUGAUGCGUUCAAAGUCUGGUGCAUUUUUAACUUCCUGUCGGAAGACAAAUACCCGCUAGUGAUUGUCUUUGAGGAGGUCGAGUAUUUUCUGCGAAAGCUGACGGAGGCCAUGGGAAUCGGGUGGUGUGAGGAAAAGUUCACAGACUACAGAAUGCGGCAGAACACGAAGAGCUGCCUGACUGUAUGGGAGCUGAUCGAGCUGGUGGGAGUCAUCUACUUCAGCAACGACGUGGACCGGCAGAUCCUGUCCAUGGGCAUCAACGAGGUGUUUUCGGAGCUCAUCCUGGACAUUCUCAAGCAGGGCUACAUGAUGAAAAAAGGCCACAAGAGGAAGAACUGGAUGGAGCGCUGGUUCGUCCUUCGACCCACUUCGCUGACCUACUACGUCUGCGAAGACCUCACGGAGAAGAAGGGAGACAUCGUUCUUGACCAAAGCUGCUGUGUGGAGUCUCUGCUAGACAGAGACGGGAAGAAGUGCCUUUUUAUUAUUAAGUGCCAGGACAAAAGCUUUGAGAUCAGCGCUUCGGACAAAAAGAAGAAGCAGGAAUGGAUUCAAGCUAUACAAACGUGCAUCCAGCUGCUGAGGCUCGGCCUGCUGUCUCCGCACCGCGAGGCGCGGCUGAGGCGUCGGGAGCUGCGGCAGAAGCAGCAGCUGGAGGACCAGGACCUGACGGAGAGGAUGAAGAACCUCCAGGCGGCGAAUGAGGCCAAACAGAUACAACUGGAAGACAUGAGGCUGAAAAUGGAGGAGGCCAAAGCCAAAGCAGAGCUUGAGGAGCUCCGGAGGAAGAAAAAUCAGUCAGACCUGCAGGAUCGGUACAGAUUAGACCUGGAGAAAGAAAAAAUGGUGCGGCAGGAGAUGGAGGAGCAGAUGGCUCAGAAGUCCAGUGAGCUGGAUCAGUACCUCCAGCGGGUCCAAGAGCUCGAAGACAUGUACCACCGGCUGCAGGAAGCCCUAGAGGACGAGAGGCAGGCCAAGCAGGAUGAGGAGGCCAUGAGGAAGCUGCAGGCCAGGUUAUUGGAGGAAGAGGCGGCAAAGAGGGUGGAGAUGGAGCAGAUCUACCUGAAGCAGCAGAGGACGCUGACUCAGACGGAGGCGGAGAAGGAGGAGCUGAUGGCCGAGCAGCUGGCCAAGGAGAGAGAGCUGCAGGCGGCAUCUCAGCAGCUGGACAGACUGGAGAAGGAACGGCAGGGGGCACUGGAGCAGUAUCAGGAGGUAUCACGAAAACUAGAGCGAGCGGCCAACAAGACAAAGACUUGGAAAGAUAAGGUGGCUAAACACGAGGGGCUGGUUCGUCUCAUCCAGCCAGGUCAUAAAGGAGCUCAGAGAAUCACUAACUGGGGCCCGGCCUCGUUCACCGACAUUGAGCUGGAGCUGAGGAAGAAGUCCUGGCAGGAGAAGAAGAACCAGGGAGCUCCGGCUGAGUGAUGGAUGGUCCGAAUAAAUCAGUGACCUCACAUCAUCAGUUAGUUGAAUUCAUCAGUUUUAAGUUAGUAGUGAAACACCACAUUACCUGUCUGACUUAUUUUGUCUGGACUGCGUGAAUAAACUGGACUGAAUUUAGGUUUUAAGAAACUUAAAUCUUAGACAACAGAGAGGAAGAAGCUCAAAAAAAUGUUUCUCAAGAUUCUAGAGACGAUUCAUCCAAUUGUUUAAAACGGCCGACUUCACUACUUUUAAUGCAAGAAAUUAAGAUUCCCAUUAAUUUCUAUUUAACUCAAAAGUACUUAAUUUAAUCUGUUUUAGUGUUUGAGUCUUCAAUCUAAACUGGUUUUAACAUAAAUAACAUGAACUGAUAUUUGAAAGACUCUAAAAGUCAACAAAUUAUCUGUUAGUUCCUAAAACUAGUAUGAUUGAAAUAUAUAUUUUGUAAUAAACACCAUUCAGUUUUGUAUGCCA